AUGGAAGUAUGGCGUUCUGCAGUCUAUUUGGGUAUGUUUGGUGACCCAUACCUUCGUGAAACACCGUAUGAAGCUGGAGGAGAUAUAAAUGCACUUGUUAAUGUGCUAAAUAGCUUUGUACAAUUGCUACAACCAUUACAAGAUCCAGAUAAAACUCAAGCACAUCAUGUGAAAUUUCCACUUACAAUGGAUCAAAACCACGUCAUUGAGACAAUAAUAAUUCCUCAAUUAUUAUACUGCAGUCAAUGGGCUCAAAAGGGUCUGAAAGUGGAAAAUGCAGCUCACUUUCAAUUGUUUCUAGCUGACUGGAAGACAGAAUUAAUGAAUCUUCAAGUGAAGAAACCUCUCUUAGUACCUGGAGGGUAUCAGAAUAAUGUCUCAAGUCAUACAAUUAUUUACGUGGUGGAAAAAACAAGUCAAUCUCCUGAUCAAUACUCGUUUACAGUAUGUAAUAAAGGCCCUGGAGCUGAAAUGUAUCAUCCCUGUAAACCUCAAGGCACCAGUGUCGAUAAAAUUCGUGUACAGUCUUGUAUUCAAAUUAGUAACAUACCAGCGAAACGUUACUUGGAUAUGGCCUUUUGGACACUUUUAUUUUCACUGUGGGUACGUAAACCUCCGUCCGAAUAUCAUCGAGUGGAGACCAUUUACGAUGUCCUGCUGCCCUGGCUUGCAGAAGACAAACUAUUGCCACUCGCAAGUGAAAUGGCAGAGCAAGGUGCGUCUCAAGAUUGGACAAAGCUAGCGCUGGGUCACGUGCAUACGGCACAACGCAGUCAGUUGGGAUUUUGCAAGAGCGUCAUUGAAGGAAUGCGCUAUUUGAGUCUCCGUAGCCAAGCUUUUACCAAUACAGAGGUAGAAUACGCGAUUUUGUACAGGUUACGCUAUCGUUUGUUUCAGAAAGUUGUAAAGGGAUUAGAGAUUGCUGAAAACCCAGCCUUGGCAAUCCAUGAAGGCACGCUACUUAGUGCACUGCGAACACUGUCCACUGUCUCGCUCCAAGAUUCUCUUCAGGGCACUUACACCGUGGCAGAAAUUGACCCAGAAGCUGUCAUUGGUAUUUAUUUUGCGCUAUCAACAUCUGCGGCUUGUCGUAAACUGACAAAACUUUUGACAGAAUUAAGCGAGCGCUUGCACGCUGCAGGAAAAAAGUUUGUUGUGAUUGUAGUAUCAGUUGAUCAAGAGCGGGCAGAUUACACAGCGUUUAGUGAGAACUUGCCGGGACACACGUGGCUCAUGGUGCCUUUUUCAGAAGUAGAAGCUCGACAACAGCUUGUCCAGAUGUUUGGUGUUUCGAAAGCGCCGCAGCUUAUUUUGCGAGGGUCCGAUGGGACGAUAUUGACGCCGAUGGGUAAGGAGCUGGUGGCAUUGGACCCAACAGGUGCAUUUUAUCCAUGGAAUAGCGAAGAAUUUGAACUGCCAAAGUCGACCCUUUCUCCAUCCGAAACGAUGUGUAUUACCAUGGGUGUCAAGCAAAUCGGGUUGAAAACGCUGAAGCACCAUGAUCGUAAGAAUAUUGAAGCUUGUGGUCUCAGCCACGUUAACACAUUGAUGAGUAAAUCAGAGCAGCUCGUAAAGUCUUUAGGGGUGGCUGCUAGCUUUGAUAGCAAGAAUAAGUGCGUGACAGCUAAGCGAGAAGAAAACUUUCCGUUUGCUCCUCACGCUAAUAUGGAAUUGUUACAGGUGCAAGGAAAAGAAUGUGAGUACGCAGGAAAUGCGUCGGAGCUUGAAACUCCUCUGCUCUGUAACUUUUUGGAAGUACCCGAGCGCGUUACGUCGAUUCCACUCGCGGUUGCAGCAUUCAUGAGAUGCCAAGCUUUGUGCGAGUCUCUACUAAAGCGAGCUGCAGAGGGAUCGUCAUCUUCAAGACUUUCCUUACAUUACGAAGUCAUACAACUGAUUACAAGUGUUCUGGUUGAAAUGUUGCCGGCGCCACAGCCCAUUGGUGAUGACGGGACUGUGUCAUCCUCGUGUAUGUGGAGACGCCCUGUCGCAAAGGAAAUGCAGCUGCGGUGCCUCAAUGGCCUUUAUUCUGUGUUAAUGAUUUUGGGCUCAGUAUGGCAGUCGAUGGAGCAGCCAAGCCGUCACUUUGAUUCAGAGCGCGCUCUUGCAGCAUUGUGUGCGUUAUGCAUUUUUGACGCGCUUGUUCGCACCCCGGCUGCAGACGACCCGCUGGAGAUCUCACUGAUGAUGGAAGAAGAAGGUGGAUAUGUGUUGGCUCAUACGUUCUGUAAGGCCAAUAUUUCGAUCCAGAAGAUGACUUCGGCAAUGGAAUUUGCGCGGCCAAAUUUUUGUGUGGUCAGAGGUCAAGUGCUUGCUUAUUUCCACAGCCAGGACGUGAAAGGCAAGCGACAGCUGUUUAAUUAUCACAUGCCGGAAGACAAGAUUGAAGUCAAAAAGUACUCAACGACACUAUUGUUCUUCCGUCAAUUGAUGGAGCGUUAUCAUUACCAGCUAAUUGAUCCCAACAACCAGACACCACCAACUGAAAUGGAGGCAUUGAUAGAGUGGUUUUGUAGUGAUACGUCACCCAUGGAAAAUGACCAUCCAGAAGUUGGAUUAACUCGUGACAUAGUGAUGGUAGUGAAAUUUCUAGCUACAAUGGAGACAAAGGAAGUUGAACUUAUGCGGCGCCGCACAGCUCACCAGCACUGGCAGACAUGGCAGCUAUCAUUUGACGACUCAACUGCAACCCAUCGACGGAACUUUUUUGGAAUGCGAGGACUGAACCAAAUUCUUCACUCUACGUUGAAGUGGAAGGUGGUUGGUUUUCGUGGAAGCGACCAAGAUGUCGUUGAUAUGGAGGUGGAAGGGUUCAUUGAGCGGAAAGUCUAUUUUGGCGAGGGCCCGAUUAUGACAAGUCCGGCAGACUUGAGCGCACUUCUUGUAAAAAGCUCAAGCAAUGCAUCAGGCGAAAGCCUUCCUUCAAACGUUGUUGAAGAUGAUAUCAUGCAUCUUACUGAUUUGCCUACAUUCAGUGGAACAUUAUCAGCAGAGGAGGCGGAGUACCUCAUGGGUUACCUGACGGUGCCAUACACACAAAUUCCUCUUGUGGCAUCAUUCUUCUCCUCGCGAGACCGUGUUACGUAUUUAUUUAAUCCGCUGUUGCAGCGACUGCUCCGCGCCGUAUUGUUUGAGGGUGGAGACUGGGUCUCCGAUGAAGAAUCUGAGAUGAUUACCCACAUUCCAUUGCGAAAGUCGAAUCUCGUGAUGCGUGAAGAAACCAUCCAGCGGACAUUUGAUGCUCGUGUACAUCACCAGAAGUGUGAGGAUCAUCUUGGCACAAUGGAUGGACUUCUUUUGAACGAACUGAUCUACGCUCCUGACGCGAUUGUUGUUCCGAUGCUGAAGAUGUUAAAUGCUGUACAAGAGCUUGGAGAGGCGUCAGUUCAUUCAGCGGACGCUCGAUUCAUUCUUUUCAUGGUCAAGCUGGGCGUAGAUAUUUUGCGUUACAUAACAUUCGCUCUCGACCGGGGUAUUACUGGUGACGACGGAGCGCGAGUUAAGAAGCUCGAAGAGCAUCGAUCUCAACUGAUGACUUACACAUUUGGAUUUGCUCGCACAACACUGAAUAAAUGGAGAUUGGAAGCUGAAGAGGCCAACAAUCUUCAGACGUCAUGCGUAAUUCAUUCGUACCUCGUUUAUCUUCAUAUAAGUUUGCGAUGCUCCGAAUACGAUACUCAAAAAAUCUCCGAAAUGAUUGGUUCCGUUGCCUACGUUCACAAUUGGCAUUGCUUUGGGAUGAAGCUUUCUACAGACAAUGGUGACGAGGCGGCCGGGCUUUCGGGAGAAAAACGCCUGCUUCGUUGGCUUCAGGCUCAAGGCAUCGAUACAGCAAAUGUUGGCAACAAGGCACUUGGCAAGUACUUGAAGGGGCGGCCUUUAUUCUUGAAAGUUGGGACGCAAACUAUUCAAGCGCCCAGCAUUGUCGCGCUGCGAAACGGCGAUGGAAACGAUCUUUUGCUACCACCUGGCGACGUCCUUGAAGCAGAGAUCUUUGAAAGUGUACACUUACAUCGCCGCUCAAUCGUGCAAUGGUUGGCAAGUGUUCCGAAGGCCAAUCGUAACAAGGUUCUGGGAAAUAUAGUUCGAAUUGCUCUUCGCUCAGCUGAGCCGACUGACGAUUGGGAGUGGGUCGAAGAAUCUGGCAUUGGAGGCGCAGGAAAGUAUUACUGCAGUCAUCAUGAGCUGACGUUAAAUGCCCAGACGGGUGAGAUUUUGUGGAGAAAUGACGAAUUGAAACCUGUUCCGGACUCGAUGACCCAGUAUGCAGACUUCAUGGCCGUUUUUGGAAACAAACCGCUUCAUUGUGGUCUUGUUGCGCGCCAAGAACACCGCUUAUGGGUUAAUAUUGUUGGUACAAACUUUCAACUUGUCGAAUGGGACGAUCCAACGUUCGAAAUGGACCAGGGUGUCGGCGCUCCAUCGAUGUAUGAGCCUGAAAGUGUAGGUGAUUGUGAUAAUCUAGGUGACAACUCCCAGGAGCUUAAAAUGUACUGGGAGUGUCCGGCCUGCACAUGUGCAAAUUUUAAUGGCGAUAACCCCAACGCUAUGUGUGAGGUGUGCGGUACCCCUCGUGUUGCUCGUGCACCACCUCAGCCACGAGGAAAUGAAAACGGAUCGUCCAAGCAACCAGGUGCUGAUGGGUUUUGCUAUCUUGGUGAGACGUUUUCUCGACCGUUUGAUAUUUAUGCUGUAAACGAGCAUCCUCAUGCUGAUGAAGAAUGGUUUGUGGACCUUGUUGGCAACACACUUCGUCUGAUGUACCCUCCUGUGCCAGAUUCCAAAAAAUUACCUUUCACGCUAUUUCUUCCAAGUGACCCAUUGCCAGCUACAGCUAGCUGUGUGCACUUAAUCGGAUUAGAUUGUGGCGCUGAUGCUAAAGAUAAUGAGAAAAUUGCAACUUUUAAGGAAAUUAUAGCGUAUCGAGCAAUGGAGGUGAUGCACGUGUACGCCUUAGUAUCGCAUGGCCGUAGACUAUACCGAAAACUUAUUUUCACAUCAAAUUCGCGUUUGAGUCUACACGGUUUUCCCGUGAAUGUUUCGCCCGAUCAAGGAUCUGUAGAUCCAGCACUGUUGCGUGCUAGUGGUGAUCCAACUGAGCGGCAAACAUGUGGAGGAUCGCUGGUGAUUUUGCGCAAGAACCAUUUGCUUAAUGGAACUGAGCAAUUUGUUCCUCCGCGUCUUCUUCAAGGAGUUGUUCCGAGUUGCUUGCUGGAGAACUUUCGUUUCUGGAUUGGAGAAGAUGGACGUCUUCGGGGUGAUCCUGUAGAUUUGAAGUCACAAUGGUUUCGAUAUCGUGUGGAGAUUGAGCUGAAAGAGACAGGACAGGCAUUUAUCUGUCGAAAGUCCAUCUUGACAUCUUUUUCUCGAAUUUGUUGCGGCAAAAACGACAGUAAACUUUCACCAGCUAGCAGUCAAAUGCAGCCUCCGCCAGUUCCGGUACGAGUGCUUGGAAAAGUCGUAACGGAAGGUUUGCGGUCAUCAUCGCCUGAUUCGGUUGAUAUUAGUGAUGACAAUGUUGUCCAGCUCAUGGCCAUGGGGUUCUCAUAUGCUGCGUGUAGUCUUGCUUUGCGCUUAAAUCGUAAUAACAUGGGUGUCGCGGCUCAAUGGCUAUUGGAUGAAAAGAAUCAGCUAAAGGUUUUUGAUGCAGAAGAAGCGGCUGUGUCUAGUGAAUGCACGAUUAGCCCCGAGGAACAGCAUGAACAAAACGUCGGGCUGCUCUUGAGCUUGCAGGAGUCUCCUUCACGGAUUGCUGUUGAGUAUGCGCUGGGUCUUUUUGACAACAAUCUGGAGCUUGCGGAAGCGUGGAUAUCGGAUCCUGCAAAUCGUUCCGAAAUUCAACGAGCAGAAGAUGCUCACGUCGGUGAUGUAUCGGAAGCUGGAAUUUCAUAUGAAGAACCUCGUACACCCAUGGCUACCGACAGGGAGGAAAAAUAUACCGGUGGAGAUGCCGAAUUACUAGAAGUUGUUGAAGAAACCGUGGGAGAAACCUUUUAUCUAUUAAAUUUACUUGAGACCAGUUCAGCCCGGGAAAAUGACGAGGUUUUGGCAUUGUCUCAAUUACUCAGUCGAUUAGAGGAUCUGUCGCAUAUACUAGUCUGGUGUUCGAUUAAGGUAAAGCAAAGCGUGCCUUGUAAAGUAUCCUCUAUCGCUUUUAUUGAGCUACCAAGACUGAAGUUGAAGUUUCAGCCGAACAGAGACCCUGUAUCUGGGCGUGUCCGCCUGGACGUGAUGGAUCAAAACGGCUGGUUUGUGAGCGACUUGACUGUUACAAUGUUGGAAGAUACGUCCAAAUACCUUCGCCGACUUAUUGCGAUUACGCCUGAUUGCUUUGUACUCGAGUCGGACACUACAGAUUUAAAGCUUAUUUGCCCCAACCACGACUUGUAUCGCCCAGCAAUUCGCGGAGAGCCAUUCUCUUCGACCCUUGUUAGCGACCGUGGAUCUGUGGGCUGGCAGCAAGCGAUGGAAACAAGAUUCUACACGUAUCCUGUGCAUUCAAGCCACACAUUCUUGCUUCCUUCUUCUCUCAGCUCCACUUUGUAUCUUAUUCUGAUAAGUUUACUCACACGAAAUUACGCAACUGCAAUGGAGUUUAUAAUGGGGUGCAAUGUUGACGUGGAAUUUACUGACGAGGAAAAGCGGGUUUUUGACCAGCUGUCUAAAACGCUUGAUGACCGCCAUCCCAAUGCUUGUGCGUGCCGUAUUCGCCUGUCGCUAGGUAUUGCGUAUAGUAACAAUAGGGCUCCCUGGAAGGUGAGCGACGAGCUGUACGACUACCUUACCACAAGCAAGCACGUUGAAGCUCAAUCCAAGCUAACUCUAGAAGAAGAAAAGGAAGCUCUAGCACACUCCUACCAGCAAUGCCCUCUUUUGUUGCUGCGCAAGAAAUUCUGUGACCAUGUCCAGCCAUAUUCUGAGACAAAAAUGAAAUUUAAGUUGACUCGACUGCGGGUUGGUGGUCAGCCCUGGAUGAAACUUUGCUUAUACAGCAAAGGUUAUCUUGCGGCGCAUGCUAAAAAGCUUUCGACUGUGCGUUAUAAUCGACCAAAGUAUGCAGUAGGGAUCGACAACAAGUAUUUGAUUGAUGACGAGGAGGCUGGAAACCUCGUGUGGAACUGUGCAGUGGUUGGUGAUGAGAUAAGUGGAACGAACCGUGGCCUGGGCUAUCUUUUCCUGUAUGAAUGUCUGAAUCAGCAGCUUGUCAUUCGAAUGGGUGGCGAUGACUGCACCCAGUCGUUCGGUGAGUUGUUUGCACGUUUCCUGCACUUAAAAUUGUCGAGAUGGAGUCGAGAAACCGUGAAUGAUGGUGAAGAAGAGUGUGUACCGUCGUACGCAUUAGCGCAGUUGGCUAUGGUGAUUGCACAUCCCGGCAGUGGGUGGCCAUCAUCGCCAUGUGACCAAGAAAGUGUGAACAUGCUUUCUCAUGGUGCGAAUCUGUACUCGAAAGUGGCGGUCGGAACAAUGCUGAAACACUUUUUUGACUUCGGGGCAGUAGAGUUUCAAUCUAAACUUGAGUCUGAAGACCACCAGACGCGUAUUGUUGCGCCGGUAAAAACUCAAUUUAGUAAGCUACACCAUACCGCUGAAUGUGUGUUUGAGAUACCAAUUAUCGCCUCAAAUGACAGGAUGGGUUUUGACGCGUCAAAUGCUUCAUGUGGCGAGCGCCAGUUCAUAGGAAAUAAAAACGGCUUGAUUAAUCCUGAAUUUCCGCUGGAAGCGAUCGAUGUGAAUCAAUUUAUCACCUAUUGCGAUCCAGAGGCAGAAGUAAAAGCAACGCUACCGUUUGACCUUUCAAAGCACCCGGUGGCUCAAACCGCGGCUGCCAGAGAUUUGCUUAAGAGACUCGGUGACGAUAUUGCAAUCAAUGCACAAGCAGUAAAUAAAAGCAAAGAUGCGUUUAUAACGGGCGUGACUCCGAUGAGUUUGCUGACGCCUGAAGAGCUAACGUCGAGUCGUUCUACCGUUGCAAGUUUACAUAAGCUGAUUCAUACCUGCGAAGAUAUGAGAACGUGUGACCGCAAGAUAGUAGAAGAGGAAAUUGCGAUGCUCGAAAUGCGAUUAAACGAGAUCCAUGUUGGCGUUUACGAAAGCCCAGAAGUGGUUGUCGAUGCCGAUCGCUUUGCGAUGCAGCGAUGCGUUGGUAUUUACCCCCGGGUGUCCUUCGAUUUUCUUACGUCUUUAUUGGUAUCAAGUUCGUUUGAAGCAGAUUUGAAGGCUCGUAAUCCGUUUGUGGUGGAUGUGACUGAAAGUAUUAUGGAGAAGAUGUUGCAAGUGCUCUUUUUGUGCAGUCGUAUCAUGCACAUUAACCGAACUGUACAAGCCGCUCGUGCUCUUAUUAAAUACCUAACUGGUCUUUUUACUCCGCACAGUGAAAAAGAUAGGUCUAGCCUAGUAAAGCUGACACGUCAAGCGUCUCGGGAUUUGGCUGACGUCUUAAUUUCAAAGCGACACUACCUCCAUAACUCCGCAGCAGAAAAAUCAUCAGGAUGGCGUUUUGACCCCCGCUUUUUGGUGUUUGAAUACGUCUUCGACAUCUUGCUGCGCGGCAGACAGGUUCAAAUGAUUGAUAGCAUUUUGACGAGUUUGGCAAAAGGCAGCUCCCGUGUGCAGCAGAUGAUCAUGGGUGCGGGAAAAACCACGGUCGUGGGACCUCUUUUGACGUAUAUUCUUGCCGACAAAACGCAUCUUGUGACGCAUGUCAUGCCAACUGCACUGUUAGAGCAGUCCCGGCAGGUGCUUCGAGGUCGAUUCAGCAACCGCAUCCUUCGCAAACGUAUUUUUACUUUUGAGUUCGACCGUGCAAUUAGUGAUGACCCAGCUGCUGCAUUGCAAAUAUUUACAAAGCUGGAUCGCGCUCGGUGUCAUGGUGAUGUGGUAUGUGCUUCCCCGGAGUCGAUUAAAUCGAUUAUGCUGAAGCUUGUUGAACUCCUACAUUCGCUAGACGAAUCUUCCGACAUCAUUGAAGUACCACUUUCUUCAGCGUCAACAAAUAUUAGGCGCUUGAAGCGUGUCUUGGAAGACCGUUCGGAAAUGGCUGAUGAAAUUUAUAAGACGCUGAGACUGUGGCAAAGUGGCAUUUUGAUCAUGGAUGAGGUGGAUGUGUUGCUGCACCCGUUGCGGUCAGAACUGAACUUUCCCAUAGGGAACAAGUUUCCAAUCGACCUUGCAGCCUAUAGGUGGGAGCUUCCCAUUUAUUUAAUUGAUGCUGUUCUAGUAUCGCCUACCACCGUCACGGCUUUGUCUGGCUUGAUCUUACAAUUACAUGCUGUAUUAGAGGAGGGUUAUGCUGCUCAUACGCUACAACGUUUUCCUCACCUUGUGCUUCUGGAUAUGGAAUUUUAUGAGGCACGUAUGCUACCGCUGCUCUCUAAGAUAGCAAUUGAGUGGUUGCUGAAGCUCUUCCGCAUGAGCAAAAUGGAGGUUUCUGUCGACCAAAUCAAGUACUAUUUAGAGUGCCCUAGCACGCAGCUUCAUAUGAAUGCUUCUAUUCGCUCCGAUAUUGAAACGGGGCUGUCAGAAUCUUCAAUCAAGCUGCUUAAUCUAGCGCGCGAUUGGCUGCAUACAAUUUUACCGCACGUUCUAUCCAAGAUCAAUCGUGUGUCCUAUGGUCUCCUUAGAGGAGAGCAUCAAUCAGCUGCCGCGUCAGGAAAUAAUAGUGGUGGCAAUGCACACUCACGACUGAUGCUGGCCGUACCAUUCAUUGGAAAAGAUGUACCGAGUCGCUCAUCAGAGUUUGCGCACCCUGACGUGCUAAUUGGGCUGACCAUUCUCGCAUAUCGCUAUGAAGGCAUUCGCGUAUUUGAUCUUGUGCGAAUCGUUUCGCAACUGAAGCAGGACUUCAGUCGCCAGCUAGGACCGCGCGACCAGCGUCCAUCCUGCGCUAUGUUUCGUGAGUGGGUCCAAAGUGGUCUAGCUGCGAUAUUGUCAGAAAACAAAGAAACGUCUGGAGGAGUUCUUCCAUUGCCACUCUUCCAGCUUCGUGAUACAUCGCAAGUGGCGCGGCUGCAUCUUUUGGUCGCCAAGCUUCCAGCUGUUGUGUAUUACUACGUCCGGCAGCACGUUUUCCCGUCGUGCAUGAACUUCCAGAAGCUCAAGAUUUCGGCUUGUGGUCAUGAACUUGGCAGCAAUUCCCUGUUUGCAAACCGCAUUGGUUUUUCCGGAACGCCGUCGAACCUAUUACCGAUGGAUCUUGGCGAGUGUUACUACGAGCCAAGCAGUGACGGUAGUAUUUUUGAAUCUCUUACGAACAAGCGCAUUGUCUCAGUCGAGCGCAAAGUGAAGUGGACGGCAAGGAGCUUGUUGUUGGAUAUUGCCCGCGCGCAGCCACCAGUACACGCGCUCAUUGACACGGGCGCCUUGAUCACAGGCUUUAAUAACCAAGAAGUAGCCAUCUUUCUUCUAGCGAAUCUGCCUGCUGAGAUGGAAGGAGUUGUAUAUCUGGACGAAAAUGAUCGACAGAUGAUUUUGCUGCGCGACCAUAACGCACCUAUGCCGCUAGUUCAGUGCGGUUUGGACCCAAGCAAGAGAUUUACAUUCUACGACCAAGUGCAUACGACAGGUAUGGACAUCAAGCAGUGCGUCAACGCGCGCGCUGUUGUCACACUAGGUAAGGAUAUGACCUUCCGUGACUACGCACAGGGAGCUUAUCGAAUGCGCGGCAUUGCUACGGGACAAACAAUCUGUCUCUUUCUCAUUCCUGAAAUUGAAAACCGCAUUCGUCAUGAGAUGAAACUUGCUCAAAUUGAGAUUACGACACAAGCCUCCGCGCAACAGCGGCUGGACGAGUUUCUCCUGCUCGUGCCAGCAUGGCUUCUUACAAACUCGAUGCGCAUGGAAUCUAUGCAGCUCGUCCAGCUGUCAUUUCAAGAAUUACACAACACUUGGCGCAAACGGGCUCUUCACUCUUUGUUAGAUGAAAUUGCAGCAGCCACGGCCAAGAAUGCAUCAUUAGCGUCUCGAUUACGUCGGUUUGUUGGCUGUGAUGAUGACGUUGCGAAAGCUUGGCUCCGCAAGUGUAUUGGUAUAUUCUGCGUGGAAAUAUCUUACGCGGUGGAUGCUGCUGUGCCGACGAAAAAGAUACUUUCGGAUGUGAUUGGCAAGUUAAUCGAGAGUCACAAGGAUUUCUUACAGACAAAUGAAGAUAUGGCAUGUGUCGCCAAUGUUCAGCAGCGCCUAGCGCACUCAACAGGGAACCAGCAGGAAGUGCUGGCAGAGGACGGGUCGGAGCAAGGUGAUCUGCGGCUCACUGCUGAGGUUGUGCAUGAGAAUGAGGCUGAAGCUGAAGAAGAGGCUGAGGAAGAAGCAGAACAAGAGGAACAAAAGAUGAGUGCUUUCACGCGGGAUGACGAGCAUCCGAUUCCAUGGAGCGCCUCUGUUCUUACCCGACGACCUGCAGAACCUGUUGCCAGCUCCCCUCGAGACGAACAGACGAACGCAGCAGCGGAACAGCAGAAAGAAGAAGACGCUAACGUGUUUUACCCCUUUUCACAGUUCCAAGCUCACGCGGAGUGCCCAACAAUUGAUUUUCCGACAGAAUUACUAAUGUCUGGAAACUUUUUUCGACGUCGAUGGGUGGGGCUUGGUGAACGUCGUGUCAAGAACGUCGGGCUUAUUCUCGAAUGGUCACCGCUGCUCCACCAGGAAGCAAUGAAAAAGGUUGUGCUGCAACUUUUUACAGCGUUCAUGACCACGGCGGCAUCUGCAGGGAAUGCAAAUGAGAUUGCAGUAAAAGCUCUUCAGGAGGUCGCUGAAAUGGCUACCAGAAGUCCAGAUGCGAUUCCUGAUGCAAUCAAAGAUGCUGUGACAGCCACGACAAAUAACUCGCCCGUGUAUUUGGCUGCCUUGUCGCUUGCUGAAGGUGAGACUAUACGUCGUAUGAUUCAUAAAAAGCACCCUGUGUUCCAGGUGAGCCAGGUGCAGUUGCGCACAAGUGAGGGUGAGCUGGUCGAUAGCUCUUCGUUCUUUUCGUCGUGGGCGCCAAAGUAUGGACCAACUUCUGCUCAUGCAAUGUCGCCGCGUGAAAAGAAAAUUGCCGUUGGUAUACAGUGCUUGCGGUUCUUUAACAACGAGAUGUACUACUUUCCUCAGGAGUUGGAACUACUUAUGGAGGGGCUAGCAUCGGUUUUCACUGCUCAAAGCGAGUGGCACUUGCUAACCGCACGAGCUCGUCUGCAACAAUUUCAGCAGAGUCUGUUGCGUAAGCAGCGACAAUACCAGAAGAAGGACAAGGGCAAGAAGCCACAGCAAACAGUGACUGCUGUCCACUUGGCUGUGGCUCUACGACGAUUUGAUGAUGAUGAGGACGGUAGAUUGACCGCCGAAGAAGUUCACAAAUGUUUUGAGAGUUUUCAGCUGGGGUUUUCAUCAAAGGAGCUGAACGAAAUUAUUGAACUUAUCGUGAAUGCUCGUUUCACAAACGGUGACGAGGGCAUUCCAAUCGAGACAAUUUGUGCAGCCUUUGGUAUUUCCGGCGAAGAAAUAAAGACUGCUCUUCUUCGUGACGAUCAGGAAAACAGUGCUCUUGCAGUGGCAGGUCUAGACACAGAAGCGUCGUGGAGCUGUCCCGUGUGUACGUACAUGAACAAUGAUGCUACUGACGUAUGUGAAACAUGUAACGAGCCCAAUCCAAAGCAUGAUGGUGGCAAUUCACAGCAUCAUCUGCUGCAGCAACAACAACAUGGAUGGCGAUGUGGUAAUUGUACGUUUAUAAACCAGUCAAAUGAUGUGGUUUGCGCCAUUUGUGAAGUGGAUAUGGAUGGCCAGCGUGGUGUACCUCGAGAUAAAUGGGUCUGUGCUAGUGAACAAGGCGGUUGUACAUUUUUCAACUCCAUGUCGAGUUUUUACUGUGACGUGUGCAAUCGGGCGCGUCCUGAUCUCGUCUCUACACGCUUUUAA